GCCUUGCAUUUCUUUCAGAAGCACACGAAGAAAUGAAAGAGUACGAGCGGGCCCUGAAACAAUGAAAAACCUGGUACGCACAAAUCCAAUCCCCUUCUUUCCAAAACCCUAAUAAAUCUCAUACCUCUCCUGUCUCUUUCUCCUCCGCAUUCUUCUCUCUCCCCUCCUUUCCCCAAAUCUCUCUCAGAAAAUUCAAAAGAUUCAGGGCUUCCCUUCCUUCAGCAUCUGUCCACUCACCAGAAGAAGUCGCAUCUCCGCAUCUCUCCGGCAUUUGGUGGAUUUUCUUCGUUUCAUCGAGUUGAUUAUGUACAUGUAAUUGGGAGUUGUUGGUAACUAUACCAUUAAGAGAAUGCAUUAGUUGGCAAAGGGACGUGCAUUUUUUUUUUUUCAAAUGGCGGAAUGGGCUGCGGUGCCAUCAUGUGCCCAACUGCACUUGCAAAGAAGUUGCUUUAAAGCUAGUGAUUUCAUGCCCCACAAUGUGUAUUUCAAGAUACUUGAUAGGAAGCAUUUUCGUGGAAAGUGUAGACAUGUUCGAUUUCCAUCACAGGAAGUGUGUGAACUUGGUGCUUCUCUUGCCACAACCUGGAAAGGAAGUCGGCAGUUUAAGGAGUUACCAUCAAGGUGUUGUUGCUUGGGUACUCUGAUACAUGCUGAGAAUGUGACCUCCAUAAGUUGGAUACCCAUUGUUGACCAGGUGCUUUUGAUGGCCACUGUGGCCUUUGCAUACAUGGCUGGAGUAAUUCCAUCCAAUAAAGUUUCUUUUAAUGGUAGAAAGAGCAUGCUGGAUCAAGAUGCAGGCACUUCUAGCUCUACCCCUUCUGGUAGUGCAGUGAUGAGUAAAAACCAGAUCAACUCGGAGUUUGUUUGGGAUGAAGUGAAAGGGAAACUUCUUGAUGCUUUGGAUGCAAUUGAACCUGAUGGUAACUUGGAUAACAGAGUUGUUGAAUGCGAAAAUAACAACGCUAUGCGUCCUUUAAGUUUUUAUGCAAUCGCUGACGGUCCCAGGUUACGAUUGCUCUGGGCUACUUUGCAGCGACUCGAGAAAGAGGCAGGCACUGUCUCUAAUGCCCAUCUAUCUCACUUAUUAUAUUUAUUCGUUUGGAUGAAAGAUCUCAUAUGGCAAUUAAUUUUCGAACUUGAUUGGGACAAUUGGUGUUAUGAGUUAAUGUUCCAUGAAAUUCCUUCGCAGGUUAAUACCAUCCCUGGAAUGAAUGAAGCUGUUAACCGGGAUGUUUGGUUAGCAGUUCUAUCAGAAACAAUACAAGCAUCCCUUCAGCCACUAUGCCUAACAUGGCUGGAAGAUGAACUUUGUCUGGAAAAUAAAAAACUAGGCAAGGAUCUUUUUACUAAGAUGUUUGAAAGGUUGAAAGGAGAUGAUACUAUUUUACAGAACAUUAAGAGGCUGGGGAAGGAGGACCUCUUUGCAGAUCUACUGUUCUUUUUAAGAUUUGGCUCCCUCAGGAUUGGUUGCCACUAUGACAGUAAAAUACUUACUGAGCAUGGAGUUGACAUCUUAGAAGAUCUGGUGAUUACUUUGGCAGAUGGAAUCACGAGCUUGUAUCUAGAGCUUAUUUCGGUUGAUAGUAACAUGUCCAGUGAAAUGAAUAGCUUGGGUUUGAGUUUGUGUUCUUUGUCGACUAGAGCUCUUCAAAGAUUACGAAAUGAGGUGGCAUUGAAGCAAUGGAUGCACCAAAACAUUGAAUCUGUAGUUUCUAUGUACGAGGAUCGGUUUGACUUGUGCACUCUUCGGACCCAACUCCUAGAGGACCCCAAAGAGAGCCGAAGAGAGAAACUUCGUUGGUGGAAGAAGCUUACCUUUCAGAAGCCUCCUGCAAUAUGUUCCCCUUUAUGUUAUGUUGUGAUCAGUCAUAUGUCCUUGCCUGUGAAACGUACCAAGGAACUAAGGGCCCUGACUGGGUGGAGGUACUAUUUCAGCUUAUAUCUGGAGCUCUCUGAUAUUACAAUGCCGUUGGUUAGAACUGCUGUUGCUAAGGUCAGCAGUGCCGUCUCUUUCUUCCUGGUUAGCUUGAUUGGAAGGUCUAUAGGACUCAUCUACACUGGGAUAAGGCAGGCCUUGGGUUGGAAAUGAGACACUUGUUUUUAUUUUUCAUCAUUUUUACAUGUCAUGAUCUCUUUUUUCUUUGUUUAUCCAAAGAAAUUAAAAACCGCCGUAGCGCCGUAACGUCAUGUCGGCUCACAAUGUCUUUCAGUGCCUCGCUUGUCGCCUGAUUUUGGGAAUUAAAAAGAAAAAGAAAAAGAAAAAGAAAAGGUCAUCAUCAUCAUCUCAUCCAUGAUCUAUGGCAAGAUAUUCGGACCCUCAAAUCUUCAGUGCUUAAAAUAUGUUAAAUGUCUUUUGAUGGGAAGAUGUCAGUGGCUAAAAGACGAGGUUAGUUGUGUUCUUGAAAUCUCGGCAUAUAAAUAUUCGAUCGAUGUCAUUUUCUUCACAUUAACCUUUUGUUUUAGUGAAGCAGGAUUAGUCAAUUUUACAUUUAAUGAGAGAUUGGUAAGACCUGCUUACAAGU